ACAGAUCAGAUCACCCGGAGGCGCCUUAUCACAACGAAUUCCGAAUGAAUCGUAAGAUUCUUAUCAGUGCUGUCACCUGUCUUCUGGUAGCUCUCCCCAAGCCUCGGAGCCACAAUGCCACCUUGAAUCUGCCAGAGGAGCGGGGUGAUAAGUUCCUGUACUUCGGAUUCGGCAGCAAUAUGCUGGCCAAGAGGAUCCACAUCCAGAACCCAACGGCCGUGAGAGUUGGUCCCGCCCAGCUGACCGACUAUCGUCUGGACUUUGCCUUCGAAUCAGCUCGAUGGGGAGGUGCAGUGGCCACCAUUGUGCCCACCCCUGCGGAUCAUGUGUGGGGCACUCUCUGGGAGAUUGAUCUCAGCAACCUGCCGGACAUAGACAAUCAGGAAGGCGUUCAUCAGGGCAUCUAUGAAGCUCGCACUGUGUACGUGAGACUCCGCGGUGACAAAGUAGAGACACCUGCCCGUGCUUAUCUACUGACCAAGCAGCCGGAGAAUAAUCUUUGGGUUCUGUCGAAGAAAUCUGUUCCCCUUUCCCGUCAGCCCUCGAAAACAUAUCUCCAAUGCCUGGUGAAAGGCGCAAUCGAGAGCAACGUUCCGGAGGAUUAUGUCGGGCGCUUGAGAAGCAUCAAGCACAAUGAUCACGUAGCCGCAGAUCUGGAGGAGAAAUUGAAUCUAGGAAUUGUUGCACUCUAAAUUCGUUUAAUGUUUUCAAAAUCAAUAAAAAGAUUUGUAUAUUUUUCCUAA